UUAUAGUAUAACAACGUACAGAACUUCUAUUAGAUAGCACGAACACAUAUUACUGAAUGUACACAAGGACUAUAUUACAUUAUUUUUAUAUUUUCCAUGAUGAAUAGUUGACAGUAAAAACACAGUUUGAUAUUGGAUACAUUUUACAAUUUUUAUAAAGGUAUAAAGAACUCAACAACACCCAUCUCAUUAGAAAUUUAUUAGAGAUUUGAUACAUAGAAUCUAAAACAUUGAUAAAUCGACAUGCACUUAGAGGUAUCGGUAGCGCUGAACUUUGUGAUAUCAUACUUGUAUAACAAAUUACCAAGAAGACGAGUAAACUUAUUCGGCGAAGCUCUUGAAAUUGGAUUAAAAAAGAAGUUUGAAGGUCAUUGGUACCCAGAUAAACCUACUAAAGGAUCCGGAUUUCGUUGCGUCCGUGUCAAUGGCGAAAAUGUAGACCCCGUUAUGAUAAAUGCUACAUAUGAUUGUGGACUUAAUUUGGAUGAAGUGAAAUCUUAUUUGCCAGCUGAACUCACAAUCUGGAUAGACCCAGGAGAAGUAUCUUAUAGAAUAAGCGAAAAGGGACCGGUAAAAAUUCUCCAUAGUGAUCGAAGAGAUGAAGAAAUUACAGAAAAAGCCGAUCGAGAAAUACAGAUGUCAGACAGAGGCUUUAAUCCCGAGGCACAAUGCUUUAAGCCGAUUGAUUCGCUAUCAUCAUCGUUAAGUAAUCUCAGUCUGUCCCCGGGAGGACUUUCACCAUCAUCACCUUCGUCAUCAUCAGGGUGGCCGGGUAGUAACUCCACGUCACCGUCUAGUGCUUUAUUCAACUCCGACUUGUCAUCACAUCAAAAUCCACCAUUUCAACAAGAAUAUGCUCCUGCUGCAAAAUCUUCCGGACAUCAAUAUUUUACAGCUGCUACGUUUGCCGCCACUAAAUUUGGAUCUACAAAAUUGAAGACAAAUGCCAAGCGUCCAACUCGUCUUUCACCUACCGAGUUUGGAAAUUUCCUUCGUCAAAAGUCAGCCAUGAUAGCCAAAGGUAAUGCAGGGUUAUGUUCGCCUCAAAGGCCAAGGUCGUUGUCACCACGUGAUCCGCGAACUGAAUUUCUAUUGGAUCAACACCAGAGGAUUGCCAUGUCUCAGUUACAGCAUCAGCAUUUACAACAGUUACAGCAUCAACAGCAACAGCGAUUACAUUCACCCCAACAUAUUGGUCCUUUAGGUUCACCACCUCAUAUUGGAUCACCUACCGCUUAUAUCAAUGAUACGUUCGGAAUGUCUUCACCCUCAUCCCCCUAUCACCAACAGCCAUACGGAAACAUGGUCGAUUUCCUGCCAGGCCCUACAAAUCUUCCGUCGCCAGUUGGGUCAAAUGCUGUUUCACCAGAGCAGCAAAAAUCUUUUUUGGAAGGUUUAAACAUGAGUGCAGGGUCUUACCAAAGUCAAUACCCACACAUGCUUCUGGCAAACUAAUGGACUGUUGACCUUGCAGUGAAUUUGGAGAACAGGUGCGCUAACAAUAACGUUAAAUGUCAAAUACAUUGGUUAUAUUUUUAUUGUCAUGUUCAAUCGGAACUAUUUGGAAAACUAUUUUUGAUCUAUAUGUUACUAGAUUUUGUCGGUUUUAUAAACAAUAGGAUAUAAUAGACUAUGUCGAACAUUUUUUGGGGUUCUAUCUAUGGUUCAUGGUUAUGACUUUAUUUAGGUUAGAUUUGAUUGUAAAUAUCAAACCAUUACAGUCAUAUUUAUCAUUUUUUUUAAUCAGGACCCAAUAAUAAGGAUUACAGUUUUGUCUUUCAUCUUAUUUUUUUAAAAGCAAAGAGAAUUUUAUCAUAUUUUUGUAUUAGAUAAUAACUGAGAUUAUUUUUCUAUGCUUAGGUUGUGGUUUGUUAUUUUCACCAGAAAUUCAUGAAUUUUAUUUGAUCAGUUGAUAAACUGGUUAAUAUAACCUUAAAUACCAAUUACAAAACCAUGUGUUGGUUGGCCACAUUUAUCAUGCCAAAAUAUUGUUUUUAUCUUGUUAUUCAAUAUUACAAGGGUUCAGUGUAGUUGUUAUAGAGUUACCUUCUGUUAUUACUCCGCCACAAAAGAUGCAUACGUCCAUGUUUUUUUUCUUGAAAUACCAAGGUAAUAGAAGUACGAUUUCCCAAUGUAGAUCUUGUUGAAAAUCCGCGUGGUACCCGAGUUAUAGAUUACGUUAUGGAAAACCGGUUACCAGGAGAAUUUUAGUACUACAUUUGGAAACUAGACUACGGUAACAUUUUUGACAAAAAAAACUUCAUUUGUGCAUUCUAAAUGCGUGGGUAGUAUAUAGUGGUUUAAUGUCUUUCUUUAACAUCUACAGUGAACCCUUACGACGGACCCCUGAGUACAUUACUCGACAAUUUGGUCAUUUUCUUUUGUCUCGAAAUAGUCUUAAGAAUUCAAACCCAUAACUAAUCCAAUGUUCUGUUUAAAAAUCUUGUACAAAAAUUUUACAAAAAACUAUGAUACAUUUCUGUCCUAUUUAUUAACUUUUAAGUUGACACACCUUGUAAAACAAUACUGUGUUGACCUUUGACACUUCCCCCUUAAAUAAACUUACUGAUGUAUAACGAGAGUCCCUAUAUGAAGUCUACAAGAUCCUUUAAAGGUGACGAGUUUAUAGAGGUCACUACAACGUUUGAGACCUGUCUUAGUGUCUAAGAGUUUGUCUCAAUACAUGAAUUUAAUAGUAAUUUUAUUUUUUAUUUUUGAAUGUUAUGUUUCAUAUAUAGCUGUAUAUAGAAAAAAAAAUAUAUAUAUAUAUAUAUAUAUAUAUAUUCGUAAACUUUCUACGUUCAUAUAUUAUCGAUGGUUAUUAUGGCGUGGUAUAAACUUUUAUACGUUAUUAAAUGUUAUCUUUUGUAUUUCAUAUUUUAAGAUAUUUAAUAAAAUAUUUGUUGAAUAAUAAUGAGAGAGAAUUAAAUUCUCGUAAAUAUUUAUUUAUUUUUUUUAAUUUUUUUUUUUUUGUAAUGGAAAUGCGAUAUUUCUGGCAUACAAAUUAGCAAGAACAUUCGUUAGUUUCGAACUUAAGAAAACUCCGAAACUGUCGAAUACAAUCAUAAACUCGAUAUAUUCAUUGCACGAUAGUCGUUUACGACGGGGAUGUGGGUUUUCUGCUAAUUUACUACUUAGCUUUAACUUAGAAACAAGAUAAUGACCUUGUCAUUUUCACAAACUAAACAAAAACAAUUUAGCUCCUCAUCAACUUAUACAUUUUCUGUCUCGACACUGCAUCGCCUGUUUUAUAAAUUGCUACAAUUACCGGUUUUCAAACAAACCUCUGGUGAUGCACAUUUCCGCAUAAAUAUCACAUGCUUAAGAAAUACGAUACAAAUUAUACAAAGUGACUAAGUUUUCUCAAUCAAUACACAACAAACAUAAUACAGGUUCAGCUCAUUGUCGGUAAUUUUUUUAUCUCCCUCUGACGUAUUUUCAAUGAUUAUUGGGUCUUUACACUUAAUUGAAGAAAAUCCAAAAAUAUUUGUUUAGGACAAUUGCAGCCUAUUUUUAUUUCCGCUCGGUACAAUCGUUACGUGAUCAUCUUCACUUAUGCGUUUGAAAACUGUCAUUAUCACUAGAAAGCUUUGACGUCAAAGUUUUUUUUUAUGGGAAAUUGGAAACCAGACUGUCUAUUUUAGUGAUUGUUUCGACUAAUUUGUUUGCCAACAAAUAUGCGUAUAUCCUUAAGAGAAUGUCAGGCCAUGGAUUUUAUGAUUUUUAAUUUCAAUGAAAGUGCUGGACACGAUGAAAGAACUUUUAUCUACCCUCGUUAAAUUUACAGUUUAAUUUACGAUCGAUUAAUUAUCUUAAACAAGUUGAUCAUCAAUGUAUUCGUUGUUUCGAAUAAUUCUGAAUAUUAUUAACUACAGCUUUUACAAAAGUUUUAAAAAUUAGAUUCAUUUUUUUUAAUUUUAACUUUCCUCCAUCCUCCGUUAACAGUUAUUUCCCUGCUAUGAAGGGAAUUGCUCUUGCGCUGCUACGCUUUACAUGUCCGUUGCGAUAUUGCAAUAAUUUUAAUAAGACGCAGACUCAAUUAAAAAUUUUGUAGAAGGGAAGUAACUGCGACUAGAGGCAAUUGUUUCUUUUAUUUUAGACAGUUAGAUCGUAUAUUUCCAUGGCCUUAAUUGUCACCACAAUCAAUAUAGUAAAUGUAGAUUGUGCAAUACAGAGAGGGCGGACAGGAGAGCUAGGGAUAGAGGGUGGAGGACCUGUAGUGAUGUGGAAUUAUAGGAUUGAGUACGGCCUUCUGUCCGCCCCCUCAACACGAGUACGUUCCAUUAGUAACGGAUAUAUUCACAGGGCCUUUCACUGUUAAAUCUUGCAUCAUUUAUAUUGCUACAUAUUUUUAAGUUUGUAAUAAAAAUUGGUAUUUUCUUAUAAAA